AUGGCUACACACAUCGACCGUUUCCUGGCCGAGCAUUCGGUCUCCAGCAUACCCGAGGAACCUCGCCCUGGCCCGUCAGCCGCACCCUCGCUUACAUACUCAUAUUCUGAGUCCUCUGAUGAGCACGAAUUGGAAGAACCCCGCCAGCCCGAGCCCCGCCGCCGCCGCGCAUCGACGCGCCUGAUUGCACAGAGCCCGGCCGACGUGCAGCGCAUUACGGGCGAGACCACAACUCAAUUGAUCCGUCGAUGCUGCGGAGGCGGAUGCUGCCUCGGUCUCGGGCGCCCCAAGAAGGACGACAUCGAGGUUGAGCAGAUCGAGUUCCCCGACAACGACGCAUACCGAUCGCUGUGUCUUAAGAUUGACCAGGUUCCUGCGACGCUGAACGGCGUGUGCGAUCUACCCGAACAAACGGCUUUCCUACAACCGCUCCGGCGGCCCUCGAGUGUACCGUCUCCUACCGACUCAGGCGUCUCUCUGGGUAGUGGGGACAGCCCAGUGUCGGCGGUGCGCGAUGUAGAGAAGACGUUACACAACCUGGCGCUGGAGGAUCUCGAUACCGAGAUACAGCCGCCCUCGUUCGUGCAACCGCACCCGCCGUAUCACGUUUUCCCCGCCCGCAUCCACAACACGCGCGAAUUGACACGCCCGGGCGCUGAGAAGCGGACUUUCCAUUUCGAUCUCGAUGUUACAAACUACCCCGAGGGUGAGGAGCACGACUUCAAGGUCGGCGGUGCAAUUGGCGUCUCGGCGCCCAACGAGGCGUCCAUGGUCGAAGAGGUCCUCGACCUCCUUAUGGUGCCCCGCUUCCUCCGCAACAAGCCGGUCUUGCUUCGCACAACCUCCGGGAGAUGGCCCACCGUUUGGGGCGAUGACCAGGCGCGGGAGAUCGUCACGACCCGCCGCGACCUGCUGACCUGGUGCUCCGACAUCCAAUCAUACCCGCCGACCAAGCAGAUCCUACGCCUUCUCGCCGAGCACGCGACAGAAGCCAACGAGCGCAAGAUCCUCCUUUUCCUCUCCGCGGCCGAGGGCCAGGGCGUGUUCUGCGACUUCCGCACGGGGCCGCACGUCUCGCUCGCCCAGCUGCUGCACGCCUUCCCGAGCGCCAAACCGCCCCUGGACCACCUGCUCUCCGUGCUGCAGCCGCUAAUGCCGCGCUUCUACUCACUCUCCAACGACCCCCACGAGUCGUUCCUGACGCGCGACGGCAAGCAGCACCGGCUGAUCGAGAUCGCCGUGACGGUGCACGAGACGGCCGACUGGCGGACGGGCACCCGGACGGGGGUCGGGUCGGGCUUCUUCCAGCGGCAGGCGCUCCGGUUCCUGGACGGGCAGGCGCAGCAGCAGGGCGAUCAGGCGCCCGAGCUCUACAUCCCCAUGUUUAAGGGCCUCAUGGCCAACCCGCUGGCCAAGCAGUUUGUGACGGACGGGCCCAUGCUGCUGAUCGGGGCCGGGGUGGGCAUCGCGCCCUUCCGCGGGUUCGUGCAGCGGCGGCUCAAGACGGCCAACUGCGCCAACAAGGUGUGGGUGCUGCAGGGGGUGCGCGACUCGCUCGUCGACGAGCUCUACAGCGGCGAGUGGGGCGUGCACGAGGACGAAGUCAAGCGCGUCGUGCAGAGCCGCCGCGGCGAGGGCCGCUACGUCCAGGAGGAGGUCAAGGCCCAGGCCGACCUGGUGUGGUACAUCAUCAACUCAGUCGACGGCCGCGUCUUUGUGUGUGGGAGCAGCAGGGGCAUGGGCGAGGGUGUGGAGAAGGCCCUCGUCGAGGUCGCCAUGGACAAGGGGAACCUUGAGCGCGAGGAGGCCCAGACGUUUUGGGAUUUGAAGAAGCAGGCGGGGCAGUACAUUGCCGAGACAUGGUAA